AGCUCACAGCAACACCGAAUCCUUAACCCACUGAGCAAGGCCAGGGAGCGAACCCAUGUCCUUGUGAAUACUAGUUGGGUUGGUUACCUCUGAGCCACAUGAGGAACUCCCUGGUAAGCAGUGAUUUCUCUGUUAGCAUCUGGGGUAUAUUCUAAAUAUUGGUUUUUGUUUUCAUUUUUCACAGCAGAGACAAAUGGUUGCUGAUUAUCUACUCACUUAACAUUAGCAGAGCUCAAAGAGUACAGGGACUAACAUUGUUUGAGCACCUAUUCUGCACCAGCCAUCAUAGUUUAUAGUUGCAUGGAAAGAGCACAAAUUUUCCAAUCAGACAAUCUUAAGUGAGAAUUCAGAUUUUACUUUCUAGAGGUAAAAUCUUGGACAAAUUAACCUCUCUGAGUCUCCAUUUCUCCAUCUAAAAAAAAAGUACUGAAACAAAACCUACUUUGCAAAGAUUUCAGUAGAUUAAAUGAUAUAUAUUUGACAAAGAAAAAGAAGAGUAAACUUUAAAAAUAACUUUUUUUAUUCACGCAAAGGAAGACGGAAUCUUCAAAAGUGAUUUUCCAUUUUCUCCUUGUCUGUGAUAGGCAUGCUCAUGGGAGGAAAAAAUAUAUGUAUAUAAACUUUUAUUAACAAUUUACCCUUGGUAGUAAUGCACAUAUGAAACACCUCUAUUAUUUUUCCACAUUUGACUUUGAACACAUUCAGUUGGUGCCCUGUCAUAUUACACAAGCAAACAUUCUGGAACCACAGUUUUUCCUUUUUUCUAGGUAUUAAUAUAGUUCAAUUUUCAGGUAUUAAAACAUCCAGUCUCAUAAAAUAGAAAAAACUGUCAUCUCUUUCUUAUUUAGCAUUGCGCAAGUCGCCAUGGUUGGGGUGGUAAAAGCAGGAGGCUUGGGGUUGGACUCCUUGUGGUCAAAUGCCUACUUUUUGUCCCCUAUUAUCCAUGUGACCUUGGCCAAAUCUGUACUAUUUCUUUACAUAUAAAAUGGGGAAAAUAAUACUAUCUAUCUCAUAGGGCUGUUAUGAGAACUACAUUAUUAACACAUGUAAAGCACUUAAAACAGUACCUGGCACAAGGUAAAUGCCAUAUAAGUGGUGGUUAUUAUCCAGGUUAACAUUUCUUGCUCCUCCUCUCCAAACCUCAAGCUUGGAUCUUAGGUGUGGGGAAGAGGAGUGCCAUCAAUAUCUUUGCUAAUUUGCUUCACCAGUGGGUGUACGAGACUGGGAUGGAGAGCAGCCAAAGUGAGCAAGGAGACCUGCUUGUCUGUGCAGAAAUUUAUUCAAGGAGCAUUGGGCCAUUAUGCUGCUAAUGUGACAACUGCAGCCAAACUUUGCAGUCAAAGUUUGUGUAACAAUAAUGGACGAUGCGUCCGUAAAAUACCUGAGUCCUCCUCCUAUCUGCAUAUGCCUGAAAGCAGCAGUAAGAAACAUGUCCUCGGAAGUUGAAUGCCCUGACUGAUUCUGUUAUACCGGAAGCGAUAUUUUAAUAGAUUUCUCUGAUAAUUGGUCCUCCACGCACUCGUAUUUUUUCGAUAUGUUUUUUGGAUCUGUUGUCUCUACACCUAAGGUUUCUCUCUCCAAUGGAAAGGAUAGUUCACACCUCUAAGGUCUUCCUGAGUGCAUUAAAGCAGAAGACAAGAUUUUUAUCUUAUGAUGAAGCCGUUAUCUGAAGGACAACAAAGGUUUUGUGUUGUUCAGCCAAUCCAUCUCACAUCAUGGCUGCUCAUCUUUUUCAUUCUGAAGUCUAUCUCUUCCCUAAAACCUGCCCGACUUCCAGUUUACCAAAGGAAACCUUUUAUAGCUGCUUGGAAUGCUCCAACAGAUCAGUGUUUGAUAAAAUAUAAUGUAAGACUAAAUUUGAAAAUGUUUCAGGUAAUUGGAAGUCCACUGGCCAGGGCCAGGGGGCAAAAUGUCACUAUAUUUUAUGUCAACAGACUGGGAUACUAUCCUUGGUAUACAGCCCAGGGAGUUCCCAUUAAUGGGGGUCUCCCCCAGAACAUAAGUCUGCAGGUACAUCUGGAAAAAGCAGACCAAGACAUUAAUUAUUACAUCCCUUCUGAAGAUUUCAGUGGACUUGCUGUUAUAGACUGGGAAUAUUGGCGACCCCAGUGGGCCAGGAACUGGAACACAAAAGAUGUCUACAGACAGAAGUCAAGAAAGCUUAUUUCUGAGCUGCAAGAGAAUGUGUCCAUGGCUGAUAUUGAAUAUUUAGCCAAAACAACUUUCGAGGAAAGUGCAAAAGCUUUCAUGAAGGAAACCAUCGAAUUGGGAAUUAAGAGCAGACCCAAGGGCCUUUGGGGUUACUAUUUAUAUCCUGACUGCCACAAUUAUAAUGUUUAUGCCCCAAACUAUACGGGGUCUUGCCCAGAAGAAGAAGUUUUGAGGAACAACGAGCUCUCUUGGCUCUGGAACAGCAGUGCUGCUUUAUAUCCUUCUAUCAGCGUCAGGAAAUCCCUGGGAGACAGUGAAAACACUUUGCGUUUCUCACAAUUUCGGGUGCAUGAAUCCAUGAGGAUCUCCACCGUGACAUCCCAUGGUUAUGCUCUGCCUGUGUUUGUCUACACAAGGCUAGGCUACAGAGACCAACCUCUGUUUUUUCUUUCUAAGCAAGAUCUUAUCAGUACUAUUGGAGAAAGUGCUGCCUUGGGUGCUGCCGGCUUUGUUAUUUGGGGAGACAUGAAUUUAACUUCAUCUGAGGGCAACUGUACAAAGGUGAAGCAGUUUGUAAGUUCUGACCUAGGACACUACGUAGUGAACGUGACCAGAGCCGCUGAGGUGUGCAGCCUUCACCUCUGCAGGAAUAACGGGAGAUGCCUAAGGAAGGUGUGGAAAGCUCCGGAUUACCUUCACUUGAACCCUGCAAGUUACCGCAUAGAGGCCUCUGAGGAUGGAGAAUUUACUGUGAAAGGAAGAGCAUCUGAUAGAGACCUGGCAGUGCUGGUGGAGAGAUUCUCCUGUCAUUGUUAUCAGGGAUAUGAAGGGACUGAUUGCAGAGAAAUGAAGAGGGCAGAUGGCUGCUCUGGGGUUUCCUCUUUUUCUGGUUCACUAAUGACCCUAUGCCUGCUGGUUUCAGCAGGUUAUCAGAGCAUUCAGUUGUGAGAUAGAGUUUAAAGAAAAUGGCAUGGCCUCUAGCGUUGUCACUUAGGGAAGAUAUGAAACAUUACCAUCCACUGAGAGGUAUUAUCAGCAGACGUGUGUCACUCAAUGUAAACAAAUUGCUUUAUUUGGCUCCGAUCUGGGCAAGAAACCAGAUCCAGGAGUUAAAUCAAUGCACUCUUCUUCCUUACUGGAAUGUUUUAAGUUGUAUUUUACCUAGAGCUAACUUAUUUUAGUCUUCUUAUGCACAUACAUACAUAAAAGUAUACAUAUAGAGAUUAAGUUAUUGAUUUCAAAGACUGAUUUUUCCAGUGAGCAAUUUCUGAAGGACAGAUUACUAAGCAAUUAUCUGAUUUCACAGAUGGGGUCACCUCAGGGUGUGACCUGGUCGCUUGGUCCACCAAAGAGAACCAAAUGCAGAAUUCCUGUUGCAGCUUCAGGUUCAAACUUCUUUUUCAGGCUUCUUCUGCCUGCCUAGGCUCAAUGAACGCAGAGCCAAUUCCUGACGUGACUUCUCACAAGGGCACAAGGGGAACUGAAGUCAACUCGUGUCAAAGGUAGCUGUUCCCAUGUGGUGUCUUGCUUACCCAGCCUGAGACCCUCCCUUACAGACUCUGGUGAUCUAAAUACAACAAAAGGCUUCUGGACAGUUUUCAUGUUUGCCUAGGCUGACAUUGCUCUAGAUCUAGAAACUGGAGCCAGGUUGAUAAAAAUGUGGUUGUUGCAAGCAAAAUCAUUACUAAAAAAAUUUUAACAAAUGACACUUAAGGACCCAGAAGUAGUUUUGGAAGGGGUCCUACUAAGAAAUAGUCAAUAUUUUGGUCCUUAUAUAUAAGUUUUGAGUGGUGAUUUUAGAGUCAGUUGAAUCAUUUUUUCACUAUCCAUCUGGCUAUGUGACUUUGGGCAAGUUUAUAGUCCCCAUUUUCUCAUCCAAAAUUUGGCAAAUAUAAUUCCUAACUGAGUGAAAUAUUCUGAAGGAUAAAUUGAAUAACACUCCCCAUGUAUACUUCAGCUAUUAAUACCUGUUGCUAAUCUUCAACGAUUUUCCUUUGUUCACCAAAGUAAUGGAAAUACUUGGGAUAAAACAGUCUCGGGCAAUUUCCUUUUUCUGAUGUUAUGUUCCAUGUGUAAUCACUUAGGCAUGUGUUCCCUUGAAAGACAUAUUUCACUUGAUAGGAUUUCCUUCUCCUGGAGAUGAUCUACCUGAAAGGUAAAUUCAAGACAGGUAUGAUGCUAUUAUACAAGGCAUGAGAGUUGAUGCAGCUUCCUCCUCUGCCUCUUUUGUCUUUCUGUGAAACAUUUGCAAUGUCCUUUUCAGCUCUGGGUCCUUUAGGCCUAAUAGUCUAAUUUUUAAAUGUAAUAUGCAAACAGAAUAAAACAAAAAGCUUUUAUAGUACCAUAAAUAAGAGGUAGCUUUAUGUAGAUUAACUUUUAAGAAAUUAGGUCUAUUUUAUAUCAAAGAAAUUAUGAAAAAUUAUUACAAAUUAUAAAAAGUUUGUAAAGCAGGAAAAAUGGAAAUCAUCAGUAAUCACUAUAAUGUAUACUAAUAACUUUUCUUGUAUUUCUUUCUAGCCUUUCUUCUAAAGACAUUUUUUACGUGGUUAUUAUAAUAAUAUAUAAAAUACAAAUUUUUUGUAUCUGUGUUUUUCACUUAAAUGUGUUAUAAAAAGUUUAUAUCCUAUUUCAUAGUCUUCAUAAAUAUAAUUUAAAUAUCUUUAAGGCCACAGUAAUAGCCUAUCAAUUGCAUAUAGCAAAACUUAACUAGCAAUUUUCCUUAAGUUUUCUUUUUAAAUAUCAAGCUAUUACUAUUUAGUCACUUCAUCAGAGAAGACUUUACAUAUCAUCUUCUUCAUUCAUUCAUUCAUCUAUUAAUUAAUUAAGCAUUAGUUCCUAUCAGGUAUUGUUCUAGGCUUUGAAAUAUAUCCUUGAAGAAAACAAAGAGCCUUGCCUUAUUAGAACGUACAUUCUUGCUGGGGGAGACAGACAUUCAGCAUACAAAUAGGCAGUUUAUAUGGAUGUUCAAUCUAUGGGAAAAAAUAAGGAGAGCAGAGUGGAGGAGGGAGGGAUUUUCCCUGUGUUGGACUCCGUUGAGCAGAUGCUGUUUGAAUGAGAGAGUUAGUGAUGGGGUUACUUGGGGGAGGGGUAUUGCAGGCAAAUGAAUCAGCAGGUGCACCUUUGGUAGUGGCCCUGGUGUAUUUAAGGAAGAACCGAGAGGGCACUGGGACUAGAUAUUUCCCUUUAUUAAUUUUCCUUGUUCAUUCUUUGGUGUAGCAGUUAUCACCAUCUGACAUAGUAUAGAUUAUGUAUUUGUUUAUUUUCUAUCUUCUUUUACUAGAAUGUAAACUAGGAAAAUGAGAAUUUCAUUUUGCUCACUGCCAGAACAGUACUUGGUACAGUGUCUGGGACACAAUAGGUGCCCAAUAAGUAUUUUGAAUGAAUGAGUGAGUGAUUCAGAAAGCCAGAUCAGUGGAAGCUAUAAAUUUGCUACAAUGGUUUUGUUUUUAAAUCUGCAUAUAAAUAGUAAGUCAUUGCAAAGUCAUUCUCAGGCAUUAUGUUUCUAUUAUUAUCCGAACACAUUAACCUCUGAAAUCGCAUAGUUUAACUCCUCUGUGAAGAGCUGAGGCCUGAGGAAAAUAAAUCACAUGGCAAAGUCGAAGAGCCCGUUUGUGAAAGAGCCCCGAUCUGGAAUCUGAGUUGCCAAGUUUUCUUUUCACUAUAACUCUUACUGUAAUGGAAUCCAAAUAUAUUCAUUCAGCUUUUGACCAUGCAUAUAAUGCGUUUUUGUUUUUUGUUUGUUUGUUUGUGUUUGUUUUUGGGCUACUGGUUAUGGUCAAUCUCCAGAUCUUCUAGUUGCAGAUUCUCUUGUUUAAUUUUGCCCACUGCCCCUGGAUAGGAAAUCCACCUCCUAAGCUGCUUAUUGACUGCAGCUUCUCAGGAUUGUUCUAACUUCUCUUUGUGGAAACAGCAAGGAAAUCGGCCUCUCUAGUCCUUUGGUGUUCUCUUUUACAAAAGGGAGAUCAUAAUGAUGUCUUUUUCCUCUUUAUACAUUUUUAAUGAUAUCAAGUAGAUAAAAUACUUAUCAUAAACUCUGGCACAUAAAAAUCCCCUGCCAAAUGUUAGCUGUUAUCAUCAAUAUUGGUCCCCAUAAAAGCUGUGAUAGGUAAUUUUAUCUCUACUUUGAAGUAGAAGAAAUUAUGUAUGAGUCAGAGUAGUGAAAUGACUUAUUUAAUAUCAUGAAGAAGCACAAAGGCCUUGAACCCUAUACUUUUGAACCUUAACCUAGUUACCUUUUCAUUAGAUCUCAGCAGAAUAUAGAAAAUUUAUUUGCAUCAAAUUUGUUUCUUAACUUGACAUAUAGUUGAUUUGUAAUAUCAUAUUAACUUCACGUGUACACUAUAGUGAUUCAGUUUUUUUUACAGAUUAUAUUCCAUUAAAAAUUAUUACAAGAUAAUGGCUAUGGUUCCCUGUGCUGUACAAUUAUUUAUUUUAUACGUAGUGGUUUGUAUCUCACAAUCCCAUGCCCCUAGUUUGCCCCAUCCCUUGGCCUCUCCCCUUGAUAACCACCAGUUUGUCUUCCUUUUUCCUUUUUUUUUUUUUUUUUGCUUC